AUGUUUUCCCGUGCAUUCUCGCAGAACUCCUUCGCCGUCGUGGCGUCAUUCGAUGCCUCACGAGUAGCUGUUUCCAGGUUUUUAAUUUGGGCCGAUACCUCUUUGGCCUUCAACGAUGCAGAGUGCACAUUAGAAAUUACCUCACCCAACUUCUGUAAUGCUCCCCGCACGGUUGUCUCCACGUUUUCAGUUUCGACACCCACCCCACCAUCAGCUCCUCUCGGGUCAAACUCAGCAACUGCCUCCUCUGCAAGACGUAGGGCGUCCCUAGCACCCUUCAGCGCCUCUUUCAUGGCUUCACUUGCAUCCCUAGCAGAAGGCAUAACAUCCCCUAGAAUACUCGUAGGAGACGCCAUUUUACUCAUUACCCCCACGGCUUUCACUUUUGCAGCCUCACUUUUCUCCGCCGCACUGCUCGCGCUCGUCACUGCCAUGGCAGCUGCACUCUUUAUCUCCACCUCGCGCUUCACUUUAUCGUCGGCAUCGUUCAGUUUCUCCACCGCUGCCCUCUGGGAUGCAUCAGACCAUUCCGCUGUCCCUAUUAACGCUUUCAACAGUGCCUUCUCAUCACUUUCAGCCGCAUUACUUCUUCCAUUCGCAACAAUCACUGCAGCAUCAGCUGCACCUUUGGAUAAAGUGGCACUCUCCAAUAACGUCUUAGCUGAGCCUACCUCCACCAAAGCUUUUUGA